AUGGCUGAUAUUGCGACUCUUCCUAAUCAAAACAAAGGUGUACAUAAAUUGGUUAAUCAAACAAAUACGGUAGAAAGACUUGAAACACGCGUUAACUAUCGAAGUCUCAUUAGUAAUCUACAUAUUCAUAGACCUGAAUUAAUUCAACCUGAAGAUGAAGAUUUAUUUAAUCAAUUAGAUGAAUGCAAUGAAAUUUACAAGAACGUUCGAACACCACGUGAAGGUGUUCUCGAUUUAAUUGCAUUAAAAACGAUAUCAUCAUUUGCUCGUAUUCAAACAAUUGCUAUUGAUAAAAGAUCUACAGUUGCAGAUGCUUUUAAAUUGAUACGAAAAUGUGCUAAAAUUAUUAAGAAUAAUUUCAAAGAAUAUGAUAAUGCAUUUGCCGAGUUUUAUACUGAGUUUUCUCAAUGCCAUAAAACGACUGGCAUGACAAAUUUUAUGUCUGGUCGAUUACCUACAUUUUGGUUCGAAAAGCGAACUUUAGAAAAAUCAUUUAUGAAACAACGCGCUCGUCACACGAGAGAAAGUGUCGAUCUUUCACAACGAACUCAAAUACAAGAAAUUAAACAAAUGAUACCAUCCGGUGAACAAACAUCUCAGGAAAUUAUUCGAAUGAAUCGAUGUUUAGAAGAAGCAUAUCAAAAUAAUGACAAUCAGCCAGUUAGUUUUUUUAUGUUUACAAUUCAUCCAAAAUUGUUUUGUCGUUCAGUCGAAAAUAUAUUUCAUGUAUCAUUUCUUAUUAAAGAAGGAAAAGCUGAACUUUUUUUGGAUGAGAAUCAAUUACCUGUUUUACGACCAUCAAAUAAGUCUGAUACACAAAAUGAUAGUACUAUAAACAACGAUCAAAAAUCAUCGUCACAUCAAGUCAUUUCAUUAACUCAAUUAAUUCUAUCAUUAGAUAUUGAACAAUGGGAAACACUAGUCGACGUGUUUGAUAUUCAAACAUCAAUGAUUAAUGAUAAAAACUAA